AGUAUUUAAAAUGUUCAAAUCUUCAUUGCGGGCAUUUUCCACUUCAAAAGCAGCGAGAACUCUACUUGAAAGAGAGCUCUAUCAAGGAAACUCGGUUGUCCGGUUCAUUUUAAACGAUAAGAAAGUGAACACGCUGUCCCUGGCAAUGAUCAAUGAACUAUUUGCGGAGUUGAAGGCUAUUGACAAGAUUGAAAAAGUGGGUGUUUAUGCUGAAACUGAAAAAGAUAGAACAAUUAAGGUUCGAUCAGUAAUUAUUGCUCAUAAUGGCAAAUCCUUUUCCGCCGGACACGAAUUGAAAGAGCUCACUACAGAGAGCGGGUCUGAUAAACACAAUGAAAUUUUCAACACGUGCGGUGACAUGAUGAACUUCAUCCGCAAUAUGAAAGUUCCUGUGAUUGCAGAAGUUAAUGGGACUGCAGCUGCGGCUGGCCUACAGCUUGUUGCCUCCUGUGAUGUCGUUGUUGCUGGAAAAAGUUCGAAAUUUUUAGUUCCAGGACAGAAGCUCGGAUUAUUCUGCUCGACACCUGGAAUCGCUCUUGUGCGUGCAGUACCACGUAAAGUAGCAAUGGACAUGCUUCUGACUGCUCAACCAAUCGACUCGGAAGCUGCUCUUCGAAGUGGACUUGUCUCCCGCGUGGUUGAAGACGAUCAAGUCAAGUUCGAAGCGCUCAAUGUCGCCGAACAAAUUGGGCACUUCAGCCGCUCAGUGACGGCUCUUGGAAAAGCGUUCUUCUAUACACAAGCAGAAUUGAGCACUGUGGAUGCGUACAGAUAUGGUUCCCGAGUGAUGGUUGGAAAUCUGAAGCUCAAGGAUUGCCAAGAAGGAAUUUCUGCAUUUAUUGGAAAACGACCUGCAGACUUCGAGCACACAAACGAUCUUGUUGAGGAAGUGAAAAAGAAUUAAAUUUAUCUUCUUCCUUUAGCCUCCAUAAUUGUGUAGAUUUUUAGAAGUUUAUUCUUUGUUUGUUUCGUUAUUUCGUUAUUAUAUCGUGCCUUUUCCACUGUUUACGAGUUUUUAUUGACUGUCCUCCCUUCUAAAUAAACGUAGUGCAAUCGCG